UCCCUUUAAGCCCAGAGCAACUUAGUUUCCUUCUGUCUCAGAGUUUUCUUUCUCCUAACAACACACGGACCAAUCGCAGCAGACUUUGCACUUUCUGGCACUGUAGUCUGAGAGAGGCGUUGCUAUUGGGGGCCCUGGCGUGGUUGAGUCGUGAGCAGUGUGGGCAGAUGAACUCUUGUUGUGAUCUGCAGCACAGCGUACAUGUACCCUGGGGGAGCAUUCCAGAGCUGGUAGCAUCACACAUUGCCUGCAGCAGGGUUGGGGGUUCUGCACAGUGUCAGGAGGCCGCCUGCAAAGUCCCCCUUUGUUCCUUUGUUCCAGAAGACAUGGCUUCUACCGAACUGAAAGAGGAACUGAACUGUUCCAUCUGCCUGAGCAUUUACACCGAUCCUGCCAUGCUGAACUGUGGCCACAACUUCUGCCAGGUCUGCAUCAGCCGUGUCCUGGAUACCCAAGAAGAAGCCGGAGUUUACAGCUGUCCUGAAUGCAGAGCCGAGUACGUGAGCCGCCCUGCAGUGCAGAGGAAUAUUAAACUGUGCAACAUAGUGGAAUGCUUCCUGUCCUCCAGGCCGGUGCAGGAGCAAGCCGGGAUCUUCUGUACCUAUUGUGUGCAAUGUCCCGUGCCGGCCGUCAAGACGUGUCUGCAGUGCGAGACUUCCCUGUGCGACGUCCACCUGCGGGCGCACAGCAAGCUGGUGGAGCACACGCUGACGGAGCCCGCCACGUCUUUGGAGAACAGAAAAUGCGCUGUCCAUAAGAAAUUGCUGGAAUACUACUGCCCGCAGGACGCGGCGUGCAUCUGCGUGUCCUGCUGCGCCUUCGGAGAACAUCGGGGGCAUCAAGUGGCUCUGCUCUACGAGGCCUCCAAGAAGAAGAAGGAGAAACUGAGGCUGGUGAUGGAAAAACUGACCUCCAAGAGAGAGGAGACGGAGAAGAGGGUGCAGAGUCUGCAGGAGCACCGGCAAAAAGUGGAAGAGAAGGCGUCCGCCAUUACCGAGAGGGUCAACCUCUUGUUCAAGGAGAUUCGGGAAGAGUUGGACGUCUUGGAGAAGAAGGUCUUGAGCGAGAUCGCCGGUCAAGAGGAGCAGGUUUCCCUUCACGUGACCGAUCUCAUCCAGCAACUGGAGAUGGAAAAGGACGAGUUGAGCAAGAAAAUGCAAUGCGUGGAAGAGCUGUGCAACAUCAACGACCCGUUGACCGUCUUGCAAGGGCGGGAGUCUGAAGCCACCAACGUCUACGUGGCAGAGGACGGAGAGCACGAGGACAGGAAGAAAGAUGACAAAAAGGUGCAGGCCGUGUGUGAUCUGGACGAAGGUCUCAUCUCGGUGAUGCUGCACACGGCGUUGACCGAUAUCAUGACCGGCUUGAAAGCCAAACGGGGCUUCAAGAUGAAGGUGGCCUCCGAUAUACUACUGGACGUCAACACAGCUGGGGACUACGUGGCGGUAUCCCGGGACCUGAAGACGGCCUCUUGGUCAGAGUUGAAGCAGUGCCGACCCAAGACCUCCGAACGCUUUGUGAACUACCACAUACUGAGCACCAGGAUCUUCACCUCUGGACAGAAUUACUGGGAGGUGGAGACCAGCGAAACCGGCUACUGGAUGGUGGGAUUGGCCUAUCCGAGUAUAGAGAGGAAGGGAGACCGGGCCGUGACCGGUUACAAUAAGAAAUCCUGGUGCCUACGAAUGUCCGACAAAACUCACUCCGCCAUCCACGACUCCAAGAUCAACCCCUUGUACCCCCAUGCCUCGGUGCAGAGGCUUGGCAUCUACCUGGACUACGAGGCGGGCCGCCUGUCCUUCUACCAGGUGUGUGAGUCCAUCCGGCACCUGCACACGUUCAUCGCUCACUUCACCGAACCUCUCCACGCCGCGUUCUGUGUUUAUAAUAAUUCUUGGGUCCGUAUCAGAAGCUGAGCCCAUUGAUUGACCAUCAAUUGAUCCAAGGCUUUCACGGUCUAGUGGACAAAUUUUAGUGGAGGGGGUAUCUAGUAGACCUGUGGUCUUUAAACUGUGGACCUCCAGUUGUUGCAAAACUACAACUAAACGGCUGUCCGGGCAUGCUUGGAAGUUGUAGUUUUGCAACAGCUGGAGGUUUACAGUUUGAAGACCUUGGUAGUAGACAAUACCUAUGGUGUGGAUCAUGUAUCGUUAUCUGAACUGUGGUCUUACGAUAUGGUGCCCUACCACGCGUUUUGAGCUCCGUAGUUGCUGCUAUUUUUUCUAUUGUAGAAGUCAACAUCUUCAUAAAAUGGGGGGUGGGGCUGUGUAGCUGUUAGGGAGUGCUGAGGUUAGAGGCACACUCUGGCCUGGUGUUUAGGGGCCUAUAAAUCUGGUGAAAUAUAACUUAUCCCCUAUGCAA